GGUACUGUUUGUCAAAACACCGGAAGAGGCGACUUUUAUCAGAAGUUGCCGAUUGACCGUGAAGCGAGCACUUGGUAGAGGAACCUCCCGAAUACUUUUCCACAAAUAGACGACACACCGAAACCUGUCACAGUGUACACACAAACAAACCAUCCUCAGAUGUAGCCAGAUCCCCAUACCAUGACCAGUUACUGGCUUCAGGAACAAUGAGAUAAAAUACUCUUCUAGUCAAACACCCUGCAGUUUACUCAUUUUUUCAGCAGUGAUGUUGUUAUUUCGUUUUGUGCUAAUUAUUUGUUUGGAAGGAAUCUCAGCAAAGGUUCAUCAUACUAGUAAUAAUGGGAAUCAUUUAGCUCACAAACUUCAAGCUAUAUCCAAGUGGUUGGACGGCCGCUCAGACACAACCAUUUAUGACUACAUAUAUUAUGUUAAUGCAGGUGCGGGUUUGAACCUUUUUGAGGGUGACAUACAGGGGUACCACCGAGGGAACCACCAUACUCUUAAGGCAGCGAUAACUAACCACAAUGGUUUAUGGAACACUCGAGUUGUUCCUUACCAGUUCGAUCCACUAUUUAGAAUGGAGGACAGACAUAUUGUAUUGGAUGCAAUAGCAGAUUUCCACAACAAAACCUGUAUCAAGUUUAUCCCGAGAACAACUGAGAAAGAUUUCAUCAUAUUUAAGCAAGUCAAUGGGUGUUCCUCUCAUAUCGGGAGACAGGGCGGGGCCCAGGACGUGUCCCUUGCCACAGACUGUCUUAAAAAGGGCACGGCCAUACACGAGCUGAUGCACGUGCUCGGCUUUUUCCACGAGCAAAGUCGUCCGGACCGAGAUUCCUGGGUUAGAGUGAUCUACUUCAAUAUAAUCCCCGACAAGAGAAACAACUUUGAUAAACUGAGUUCGUGGGAGGUGGACACUCUGCGAAUAAGGUAUGACUACGGCAGCGUGAUGCACUAUUCCAAGACAGCGUUCAGCAGGAACGGUAACCCCACCCUGCUCCCCACCCAAAGGACGAACACCGAGAUAGGUCAGCGGCACGGCUUCAGUCCCCUAGACGUCGAGAAAGUCAACACCCUGUACAAAUGUGGUGACAUUUCACCCACCAUACAGACGCCCCUACGUCCGACCCCUGACCUGACGGACCCCCUGAUGGCCCUCACCCAGCUACAGUCGCUGUCCUGCCAGAGUCACGGUUGGCUGCCCUGGUCCAAGUGGUCACGCUGUGACCUCAACUGUCAGCAGCAGCGGCAGCGCUUCUGUCGGCCUGAGUGUACGGACAUCCGGGACUGUCCCGGUGGAUCCAAGGAGGUUCAAAACUGCCAAACCACGUGUCGGCGUGCGUUUUACAUCGGCUGCUGGAAGGUUGACCCCAACAAUAUGACGAUAUCAUCGGCAGGAGAUUUCAGAGGUGUACUGUUUGACCAGUUAGAGAUCGUGAGGAGAUGCGCGGACAUCGCUGCGACCAAUGGCUUCUCGGUGUUCGCCAUGUUUAACAACACGGAAUGUCUGACGGACGCCGGCGCCUACCGGAACUUCUCGUUGCUAGGUGUGUCGGAGCAUUGUGGAAUCUCCUCCAUGGGCGGCCCGGAUUCUAUCAGUGUCUACACUUACGAAAAACACAUAGACGGAGGGUGGGGAGACUGGGGAUCCUGGCAACAGUGUGACCAGUCAUGUGGGGGAGGGAAGCAGUACCGGUACCGUCUCUGUAACAGCCCUCCCUCUGUCGGCGACGGAAACCCGUGUCCCGGAAGUGACGAAGAACAUCGGGAAUGUAAUACACAGAAGUGUGUGGAGAACCCCCUGUGUGGGAAGAAGUUUUACACCAGUGAGUCGGGGGAGGGAGGGAUAGUCUACCUGAACGACUACAACAACUCCAUGGAGUGUAACUAUGAGAUCGAGACACGGAGUCUGUACACCAUCUCACUCCUCAUCACCAGAAUGGACAUAGAACUGAGCCCAGGGUGUCAGUAUGACGCACUGAUGGUGUAUGACGGGGAGAACAGCUCCAGUCUGAUGGGGGUACACUGUGGGAACAUCAAUCCCUACCCCAUGAUCUCCUCCUCCAACAAAGUGAAGCUUAAGUUCCAGUCUGACGAGACCAUCACAGGCACGGGCUUCACUAUGUACUACACCAUCAACAACAGGCAGAGAAAGACCUGCGUUGAGCCAGUUCCAACGGCGCACUGUUCUAUGACGUAUACAACUCACUUUGUGGGAGACACGGUGACGUAUCAGUGUCACCAUGGUUACCACUUCAAAAAUCCCAGUCACCCAGCAACUCUCGUCUGCUUGGAUCAGCCCGCCUUCGCCGUGUGGUCAGACAUCUUUCCCGUUUGUGUUCGAGCCUUCAGAACUUUCAUAAGAAAAACCCCGACUGUGUGUGAUUUUGAGGGAAACCUGUGUGGAUUUCAACAAGGUUCUGAGAACAAUUUUGAUUGGUGGAUCGAGAAACCGAGAGAAACACAGUACAUACAAAAACCACGUAUUGAUAGUAAUAAUUCCACGAAAGGUCACUUCCUGUAUACGGAAUCAUUACGUCACGGCGCUCCCGGUGACAUAGCGGAAGUCGUCUCAAGGACGUACACUACACAGAGCGGACGUAGCCAGUGUCUGUCAUUCUCGUACACCGUGUACGGAAGAGACCAGUCCAGUCUACACGUGAACGUAAAGGACGCCAUCACGGGCGCAGUGUCAGCGCCAUGGUCCACAACAUCCAGACCAGACAGUCAAUGGGAGACAGCCCAGAUCCAGAUAUAUCCAGACAACCAGUUCCAGAUAAUUUUCCGUUUUGAGAUGGGUACUGGAUUUGGUAGCUCCGCCGCUCUUGAUGACAUCAUAACACGUGACGGUUCGUGUAAUUAAAGAUUCCAACAGCUGUAAUGUCGCUAAAAAUCAACUUGUUGUUCCAUAACCAACAUAGUCCUUCAUUUAGUAAAAUUAUCAUACCACAACGACAUAAAUCAAAAACUGGGAAGAACUCCAUAGAAGUUGCAUUUUUAAAUUAUCAUUUUGUUAUUUUAAAGCAAACAAGGAUUUCAUGUGCAGAUACUUUUGAUUUUAUUUAUAAUGUCAGACACGCACAUGGUACGCAAUAUAUCAUUUUUAUGUAUCACAAAAUAAUGUUAAAUUAUUAAAGACGGGUAGUUAACGAA